CUUUUCUCUACUCCAAUACCCCAACAUCAUCAAUCAUGGAUAUUCACAAGAACAAAAAUGAUCAACAGUCCCAACAAACUCCCAGUGGAAAUGUGUAUGGCCAGCAGCAGGCAACAGGGUUGAAAUACCAUCCUCUGCGGUACUUGCCACCGAUCGGCUCGUAUUGGAAUCCUAUGAACGGGAAAGUUCAUACCGAUCUUCCAAUACAGAUCAACAAUUAUAGGCAUCGGGAUGGACAUUGCGGACGCUGUCUGUUACCUGUCAAGGAUGCCGCAGCCCACCCUCGCAACAAGCGCAGUUUCCAUCAAUGUGACGCGCCUUGUGGUUUCUGUGGAGAGGGGCACCAGCUGGGCCAGAUCUGUCAUCAUCUUUAUCCUACCCAGCGGUGA